UAACCCUUAUUCAAAUAUUGGGAAAUUAUUUCCCACUUGACAGUACCGUAAUAUUUCUUUAUUAUUUCUUUACUGGUAACUCUAAUCAGUACCAAUCCAGGAACAAAAUAAUUUUACACACUUUUUAAAUAUUUUAUUUGGCAACAUUUUGGACAAAAUUGCAUAAUGUCAUCGUAUGUCAAUGUCAAAGUCACAAUUUGAAUUUUUUGGUGCACAAAACCGGUUCUCGCAGGACUUUCGAAAAUUUUUGUAGAAAAAAAAUCUGGUAAGUACAUAAACAAUAUAUUGAUGUAAACUAGACUUAUUUUCUGAAUGCUUUUUACGGUUUCUGUGCUUUUUGCACUGAUAUUUCUUGGAUUUUAUUAGGUUUAAUUAGGUGGGAAAUAAUUUCCCAAUGUUCGUUCCUGCUUUGAUAAACAUCAGUGUCUUUAUAUAUAUAUAAAAUUGUUUGUCAGCUGUAAUAAUAACGGUAUAGGAACUUGUAAUACGAUAGCGAGUAAGUCAAAUUAGUGGCUUUUUGCAAAAUUGUGACUGCGUUUAUGUGAUUUCUAUGCUUUAUUCCAAACGAAGCCACUUAUAAGUUUUAGGACUUUUGUAACUAUUUGUGCAAUAUGCUGAUAAAACUACAUAAUUGCCAACUUUUUAUAAUUUACUUUCAGCUAUUCAAAUAUGGACGCAAGAAAGGAACGUAAAGUGCUCGCCAAGAAACUAUUAGAAGAGGUGGUACAAAAUUUAGACGACUUGUCUGAUUUAUCAGGCUCAGAUUCUGAGGAUGACUCAUGCUUUAUCAACAGUAUUCAUUCUCCUUCCGAUAGUUACCUAAAUCAGCUUGAUGAUAACCUAAUUGAACAACGUCUUGAACAUAUCUUUGGCUUUGGAUUGACGGGAGACAAACAAGACCCACCUUCUCCCCCUAUGCAAACUCAACAGAUUUCAACGGAUGCCUUACUGACAGUCUUAGAUGAAACAUCGCAUUUCACAAACACACCAAAAACAGACAACAGUCUUUUGCCAACUCACUUAGGUACUGAAACUGAGCAAUGUUAUGAUCAGCCUUCUGACGUUCACACAUUUAAUGAAGUUCAGCAAAAUUUUGAUGUCAUUGAUGCCCCCAUGGAAGAGUUUUUGGCAGAUGAUGGGCAAGAGUCUGAAACUAACAACGAAGUACGCAGAGAUCGUUCUCAGCCAAGAGUAUGGGAGAUAAAAUCGGAAAACCAUGAAGUUCCUCUUUUCGAAAAACGUUUUAAGCCCAAGGCUAACGAUACUCAUAAAACAUCACCUCUAAGUAUUUUUGAGCGGCUUUUUCCUGAUGAACUGAUGGUAAUAAUUGUGGAACAAACCAACAGAUACGCCCGUCAGAAAAAUAGUACUAACUGGAAACCUGUAACUCUACAAGAUAUUAAGGCGUAUCUAGGAGUUUUAAUCCUUAUGGGCUUAAAUCCUUUACCGGACAUGGAACUCUACUGGUCAUCAGAUCCCUUUUAUUACAAUAAGGAAAUUGCCCAGGUUUUCCCAAUAGUAAGAUUUAAAAAAAUUACAGAAAACCUCCACUUAAAUGAUAACGAGAUGGAACCACCAAGAAACUCCCCUGAAUAUGACAAAUUAUUUAAAUUGAGACCCCUCCUCACAGAACUCAACAAAGUUUAUCAAAGAGAGGCAUACAAUUCAGAAGUACAAUCGAUUGAUGAGUGUAUGGUCAAAUUUAAAGGGCGCAGCUCCUUAAAGCAAUACAUGCCGAAAAAACCCAUCAAAAGAGGAUUUAAGGUAAGGGCAAGAUGUGACGCCAAAACUGGGUACUUGUACCAAUUCGAAGUGUAUUCAGGAAAAGGCGACAGCACCGAAAAUGAAGGGUUAGGCUACAAUGUUGUCAUGAAACUCUGCAGUAACUACCAAGAAACACUUUAAUUGCCUUUGACAACUUUUUUACUAGCUGUAACCUCAUGGAGGAUCUUUACGAUAAAAAUAUUUAUGCAGUGGGAACAGUCAGAUGCAACAGAAAGGACUUACCUGAUAUGAUAAAAAAAAACAACCGAAACCAUUGCGAUUAGAUAAACAUCAGUUUUCAGCGGUUACUGCAGAGCCAAUCACAGCCAUUAAAUGGCUUGACACAAAGGAAGUUACUGUCCUGACAACAGCACAUCAGCCCUUAGACACAAGGAUGAUAAAAAGAACCCAAAAGGAUGGCUCUAGAGCUGACAUUCUCUGCCCGGCUGCAAUUGCUUCAUACACGCUCAGUAUGGGCGGAGUAGAUCUUUUUGACCAUUUUAGAUCGUCAUACCCUAUAAACCGGAAAUCCAGGAAAUAUUGGAUGCGACUAUUCUUCUUUCUGUUCGAUGCAUCUAUAAUUAAUGCCUACAUAACGUACAACUACUCCCAUGUCCCGACCCUGCAUGGCCACCGUGAUUUCAGACUACGGUUAGCACGUGCCCUUAUAGAUAAUCACACGACACGAAAAACUCACACACAAACAGAUGUAGUUUUUAAAAAAAAUAAAAAAGGUGGUAGGUUUGGCGUUCCCGAUGAGAUUCGGCUGCUAAAUGUUGGCAUACACUUGCCUGAAGAAAGUGCCACUUACAAAAGAUGUCGCUUUUGCAGCACAAAGCACAAAGAACAGAGGACAAAAAUAGUAUGUUCCUCCUGUGGAGUAGCUCUUUGUGCCAAAAACUGUUUCAAAACCUUUCACACAGUUCUUACUCAGUAAUGUUAUUUUCAUAUAGUAUUUGAAAAGUUCUUAAUAAAAUAUUAUUUGUAACAUUCUAGUUUCAUUUUAUUUUUAUAAUUUUAUUCAAUCA